GCAUUGGAUCAAGACAGAACUGCACUACAGAAGGUGAAAAAAUCUGUGAAAGCAAUAUAUAAUUCGGGUCAAGAUCAUGUUCAAAACGAAGAAAACUAUGCACAAGUACUAGAUAAAUUUGGAAGUAAUUUUUUAAGUCGGGAUAAUCCAGAUCUUGGCACAGCUUUUGUAAAAUUCUCCACGCUUACUAAAGAAUUAUCAACGCUGUUGAAGAACCUGCUCCAGGGUUUAAGCCACAAUGUUAUUUUUACUUUGGAUUCUCUCUUAAAAGGAGACUUAAAAGGUGUUAAAGGGGACCUCAAAAAGCCUUUUGACAAAGCCUGGAAGGAUUAUGAAACCAAAUUUACAAAAAUUGAAAAAGAAAAAAGAGAACAUGCGAAACAGCAUGGGAUGAUAAGAACUGAAAUAACAGGAGCCGAGAUAGCAGAGGAAAUGGAGAAGGAAAGGCGGCUAUUUCAGCUACAGAUGUGUGAAGAUUCACAGAGCAGGCAAGGAGGAUAUAGUAUGCAUCAGCUUCAGGGGAAUAAGGAAUAUGGCAGUGAGAAGAAAGGUUAUCUCUUAAAGAAGAGCGAUGGGUUGAGGAAAGUAUGGCAAAGAAGAAAGUGCACUGUUAAAAAUGGAAUUCUUACUAUAUCACAUGCAACG